ACUCAGCAUGACGAAUGAGUUGUUGUUGAUCUACUGAGUUUGUCCAUCGAGCAUUUCUGUAGAGAGGGACAGGGAGGACACGGACUCGGACACAAUUACAGAGAGGUAAAAAAGAAGAGUACGGUCAUCUGGGAAUUGUACGGCAAUUUUUUUCGCAGGUUUACGUCCACGAAAGAUGGAAAACACGACACUUAGCACUAUAGUCGGUUGGAAAAGUAGCAUUAGGAGAUCAAGAUGACUACUUUCUCUCACAACUAGUAAGUACGGCUACGGACUAGAUGUUUCAUCAUUUUUCAAGGCAACAUCAAGAUUGAGCCAGGCACUGGAACAAAACAAAACCGCCUCUACUCGGACCGUCUUCUUUAGUCACUCAGACCGUCUUCUUUAGUCACUCAGACCGUCUUCGUUAGUCACUCAGACCGUCUUCUCCAGUCACUCAGACCGUCUUCUUUAGUCGCUCAGACCGUCUUCCUUAGUCACUCAGACCGUCUUCUCCAGUCACUCGAGUUUGGUCUUCUCCAUCAAAAUGUCCGCGGCUACCCCCGAUCCCGACGCCAUGACUGAGGAGCUCGAGAGUGCUGCCGUCACGGCGUUGGUGGAGAAGAACAUGGUGACUGAGGAGCUCGAUUUAGAAGUGCAACCUGCUGCAGACGACGAUGAUGGGCUGAAUCAAUCUGUCAGGUUGACUCUCGAGUCAAGUGCUUCUGAGCCACUAGAAGAGAUGCUAUCUCGGGAAGAGCUGGCACGAAUGACGCCAAGGCCGCUGGAUUAUAGUUAAGCCACGUCAUGCUCAUAAAGAUGAUCAUUUCUCCAGAUGAUGAUGCAUUUGCAUUUUGAGUAUGUACUACAACUUUUGAGUUUCGCUUUCGACGGGUCACAAUUAUUGUUCCUCGAAUUCGAUAGUAAUAGCAUGAUGCGUCAUCUCUCGCUCCUACGGCUCCUCUUCGUUCUAACACCCGAAAAAAUUCGCUGACUCAGCGACCAGAAAAGCCGCACGGUCACGUGCUAUAGAGGAGGCGCGGAAAAUGAAGAUCCUGGAACAAGUAGAAGUCGAACAGGAUACUACAACUGAUGGUGAUGUUAAAGGUUCCCACAUUACAUCCUUCACUAGCGUCCCUGACUCUUUUUUCAGUAGCAAAUAAAUCAGGGAUGUAGAUGUUCCGAAGAAUGUAAUUCCCUAACCUCGAAGGACGGCGCAGGAGACGCAGGCGCGCAAAAAGCCAAACGUCCAAACUGGAUGCAGGCUGACAGCAAGAAAAUCGGAGAGUUGAGUCAAAGUUUGGGGAUACAAUUUAAGGCAAGAAGAUUUGUUCUUGUUUGGUUACUAUGCAUCCUGAAAUAUGUCUAGCAGAGUCUUGAUAAUGAUAUCCUGAGAGCCUCACCUCAACAGAUACGUUCUUCACCUCUAAUAGCCUAUACUUCAGCUUUCUUCGUGGCGGCGCUUUCUUCCUUGGCGUAUGGUCCUUGUUCUUGCUCUUCGUGGUUCUGGGAUGUGCUUCUCCAAGUGGAGAUAGUGACGAUGAACAUGGUGUAGGCUUCUUAGCGGUUUUGUCACUUGCCAGCUUUGGAGAUUCUUCUUUGGAGGCCUCGCCUCAUCCGACACAGAGAAAGAUUGACUUUUGUUAUGGCACAAGGAACGACCAACUACACUAAAUGAUCACUAGUAGUAGAAGUUCUUGUACAUCAACUAGUACAAGCUGCAGCAAAGAACAAUGACACGGCAUGAACUACUUCUAGAUCGUCCAGUUGUAAUCUUCAGCAGUACUACUUUUACCUGUUCUUGUAACGAACGAGAACAAGAGUCUUCCAUGUCUAAUCUGAGGGAAGCAAAGAGUACAUGGUCGACGUCACUCCUUGGAUGUCACUCCUUUCCGCCUUUGGUGCAGGGAUGUACUUCGUCUACGUGAUGUGGUUUGUCUAUCGCAAAAUCCCACGCGACGCUGAAGCCCUUGAUGCUGCCUCCAUCACUCCUGCUGAUUUCGCCUUUCUACUGGACAAACUGCCAGCUUUUGACCAAGAAUCGCUCAAACCCGAAGACUUCGAAGCUGAGUUGAAGAAGCAUUUUGCGAAAGUGUUGCUGGAAGAACGUGCGGCACAUUUGGGAGAUGAAGGUUAAGACUCUUUCUUUCCCUAAAUGUAUGAUAGAUUCAUCCUGUCAAGAGACAUCUUUGUUUCUUUGCUUUCCUCUCGAAGUGGAGCACAGACCAUCAACAUGAAUCUGGGCAAGCUCUAAGAAGAAGGUCCUUAUACAGCUAAUAAAGAGGUUGACAAGAGCGUAGUGGAUGCGGAGAACGAACCAGACAAUCUGUUUCCAGAGAUCUCUUUCGCUCGUGACUACGGGGGACGACUGGCGGAACAUGCGAGUCAAGCAAAAUUGAAAACGGAGAUCGUGGAGGCGACCUUAGGUAUGGCCAAGGAUAUUGUAACUCUCCUGGAAGUAGCAAGAAGUACAUUUUUAGGCAUCUUGUAGUUGAUGUUGUUGUUGAUGCCUGCUCAACAUUCCAACAACAAGCUGGAACAAGCUGGCUGAUCAUGUGGCAGAGCGAUGAUUGAAAGUAUGUAGUGGUAGAUUUUUCAAGCUAUCCACCAGCAGAAGUUGAGUUGAUUUCAUCUGCCACGCCGACGGCAAAAAGCUGAAGAAGCUGCACACGCAAGCUCGAAAAUUGCUGGCGCAGAAGAAGAAGCGGCGCGCUGAUGAGGAAAAAUUUGCUUCAACCAUUGAACGCCCGAUCUAUCGCGCUUACGUCGUGUGCAACAAAGCUCAGGACAAGGAACUUUUGCUUGACGCCUACCGAAUGUCGCAGUUAAGCCUGGGAUACCUGUUCCAGUCGAAGCGAUUGAGAUUUCGAGGGUUGAAGCGAAUCCGUUUGGCUCCAGCACCAGAGCCUUCCAACAUCCUGUGGGAGAAUCAGGACUGUCCGGCAAUUGAGCGUGCCUGUCGUAGAGGAUUCACGAAAUAUGAGGGGAAAAAGUGUGCUGGUGCUCAUCCUCCAGACCAUAGGUGCUCCCUAAGUAGGAAGCUGCCUCUUUUCUUGAGUAUUAGUAUACUUUUUCCUGUCAUACAAAACUACUAGUCUUUAUCUUGUUGCUGAUUUCCACUGCUGGCAUCCUAUGGUCUCAGCAAACGCAGAAAAACGAGACUGAGAAGGCCGAAGGAAAGAACUGCGCGGAGAUCAUCUACACCCGCGAUUCGAAUCCACCGAAUACUGUGGUCUUAGACGGAGUAACGGCGAAGGCUUAUUUGGAGGCGAAUAUCGUUUAUGGCGCAACAACUAAGAAAAAAGUAGUAAAUGAGUCUAAAACUACUGUGCUCCUUGUCUUAGUAGUUUAAAUCUUUUAUCAAACGGUCAAAAUCAAAAUGACAACAACAUGGUCAAAAUGACAUCAUGUCGCCGUCUCGUCAUCUUCUAAUCCAGGAACGCUCCAGGAGCUCCCGCCCUCGAGAACCACUUCACUGAUUGCGAGUGUGCCAAAAUUGGCAUGUCCUCUAUGACCGGAGACGUUAAAACAGCUUGCCAGGACUUCUACGACAAACAAGUUUUGAUGUUUGCGGUGACAACAGCGUCUUCAGUCUUAGUCGUGGCAAUCAACUUUAUCUUGAAGAGCCUUCUGGUGGCGCUGGCGAAAUUUGAGAGGCCAUUGACCCUCAGUGGGUUGGAGUGUGCGAUUGCGUUGAAGGUACAAGAACUUCAUCUAGAGUCAACAUUGAUUGACCCUCAGUGGGUUGGAGUGUGCGAUUGCGUUGAAGGUACAAGAACUUUCUCUAGAGUCAAGAAGAAGAUUUUGUAGUACUGUCUAGUUCUUGUUUGAUGUCAACAUCCCUCCUCAUGAUUACAAAAGUACUUACUGACUACAACACCUCGUCGACGAAGGCUCGACGUGGUCUACUCGAACUCUCCUCCUGACAUUCUUCAGGUCUUCUCGAACUCUCCUCCUGACAUUCUUCAGGUCUUCUCGAACUCUCCUCCUGACAUUCUUCAGGUCUUCUCGAACUCUCCUCCUGACAUUCUUCAGGUCUUCUCGAACUCUCCUCCUGACAUUCUUCAGGUCUUCUCGAACUCUCCUCCUGACAUUCUUCAGGUCUUCUCGAACUCUCCUCCUGACAUUCUUCAGGUCUUCACGAACUCUCCUCCUGACAUUCUUCAGGUCUUCACGAACUCUCCUCCUGACAUUCUUCAGGUCUUCACGAACUCUCCUCCUGACAUUCUUCAGGUCUUCACGAACUCUCCUCCUGACAUUCUUCAGGUCUUCACGAACUCUCCUCCUGACAUUCUUCAGGUCUUCACGAACUCUCCUCCUGACAUUCUUCAGGUCUUCACGAACUCUCCUCCUGACAUUCUUCAGGUCUUCAUCUCCUUAUUCCUGAAUACUGCCGUGAUCGUCUUCCUCCUCAAUCUGGAAUGGAUGUGGCCCAUCAAUGAGAUCCUGAAGGGUGACCAAGGCGAUUUCACGCAUCAUUGGUAUGCUACCGUUGGCUUAUCCGUAUCAACGACACUGAUGAUCAACGUUGCAUCUCCGCACUUGAUCCAAGUGGCCGUGUCGUUUGCAAACAGUUGCAAAGCUUGCUGCUUGGGCUCCUGCUUAGCGUCCACGGAAGAAGCAGUAGCAAACGCUUACGAAGCGCCAGAAUUCGAGUUAGCACCAAGAUGCGGAGCACUUCUGAAUACCAUUUUCUCGAGUCUAUGCUUCGCGGCGGGAUGUCCUGUGCUAGUAUGGUAAACAACUUUAGAUAUCUCUUUUCAGGCAUCCCCUUCAUUUCGUCUCCCACACGUUCACGUAGAGAUUCUUCAUGAUCAUAGACCUAGACGACCAUCAUCACAUUCAGACUUUAUUGUUGAUAUUCAUAUCUCACAAGGCAUGAUCCCUCGUGCAUUGUCCACCACGACAGGUUCGCCACCGGUAACCAUCUCCUCUGCUACUUAUGCGACAAGUAUCUUCUGCUUCGUGUAUGCAGACGUCCCGCAGCGUACGACGAGCAGGUGAUUUCGUCAGCUUUAUCUGUGGUCCCGUACGCUAUGGUCCUACACGCCGUCUUUGGGAUCUGGAUGUUGGGGAAUCCUGCUGUGUUUCCGUCUAAUCCAGUCCUCGAGUUCGACCACGAUUUUGCAGAGAACACGCCAACGAUAGUCAAACCGCUUUUGACACUGAUUGAACGGUCCCUCGCGGGGGCUGGAGUGCCUUAUCUUUAUGGCUGGACUCAUGACGAGCCUUUGAUAUUUAUUGACCUUAUCUUUAUGGCUGGACGGAUGACGUCGAGCCUUUGAUUAUAUUUAUAUUUACCUACUAUCCUUCUUUUUUCUUUUCCUACCUAGUUAGCUUGGCUCCACCCAUAUAUAUAUUGACACUGAGUAGUUUCUCGCUUCUUGUCCGGAGUACUUAGUUUCUCGCUUCUUGUCCGAGGAUGCUUCUCGUCCUCUUCCUCUUGCUUCUACUAGAGCUUCUCGUUCUCCUCUCGAGGCUGAUACUUGUUUCCACCACAACAACGUCGGACCCUCUAAUCCUCAUUCCUUCUCCUCCUCGUCUGCGUUUACCUGGUCCUCUCCUUGGUCAAGCUCAUCCUCGGACAAGCUUUUGGACCCUUUUUGAGCGCUUGUGUCGCCGCUUGCAGUCCAGGAAAAGCCGGCAGAACACCUUUGACAACACUAGAUGGCGCCACAGGAGCCAAACUAGACGAGGACGACAAAAGUGGCGCCGCUACUCCAACAGCGCAACAAGGGCUAAAUGCGGAACACUACAGUACCUAUCUCACAGCACAGAAGGAUUGGCGAGCAGCGAAGAUGUGCCCGAGUUACUUCAUGUUAUGGUCAACAUUUAGUGUCCAUCAUUCUCGGCAACAUUUAGUGUCCCCUUUUGUUCCCCUGUAUUCAUCUUCUUCUCAUGAAUAAUACAUCUUGGUCCCCUUUUGUUCCCCUGUAUUCUUCUCAUGAAUAAUACAAGGUACUAAAAGGAGCCACGAAGAGGGGGACCGAGAUGCAUUCUAGCACACGCUAAUCAUGAGCGACAAUCAGAAGUACGCCAACAUGCGAUCAGCCGAUGUCGAUUUCGACCUGGUGCACUUCGUCGAGACCAACUCUGCCCCAAACGAAAAAGGAAGGGUGGUCUGCAACAUCGACCAGAAGAUACCAGGAGUGCAAUUGAAAAGACAGUUGCAGCGCAGAUUGUCGACGAGUAGUGCGACGAGCGACUAAGGAGGAAAAGGAAUGGAUGCACGAUGAACACGGUGCAACCAGUUCCACAAGGAAAAGGAAUGGAUGCACGGACACGAUGGUGCAACCAGUUCCACAAAUUUGAGAAAUGAUCUUGAUAAUAAUGAUUGAACGGAAAGAACAGGAUCAAAAUGCUUCUUUUACGAGUAGAAGAAGAUGAUGGGAAGUGAUAUUCACGCGAAAGCUUCAACAGAGGAGCAUGCACUAUGAGGCUAUCACGGUAAAGGAGAUCGAGAUCUAGCUAAACAUUUUUCAUCAUCAUUCCAAUCAUUCACUGACUAGAAGUUGAUAAGUUGAACUUUACAUACUGCUGCAACAGUCAUCGUUUGCAUGACUGCUACAAGUUCGAUAUUGAUUUUGUUGCACACAGGAGCCCUUCAUGGUCCAUCAGCGAACGCGAUUGAUGAGUCGAUAGUAUUCUUCCCUCAGCAUUGUUGCUUUUACUGAGGUAACUACUUACUUACGAAUAAUAGGAAUACUAGAUCUCAUAAUGGUCAAAGCGCCAGAGCUUCUAGUUCUACGUCAAAAUGAUGUCAACAGUAUGUACUUAUUGCUCGAUAUUAAUUUUCAUUCUAGACUAGCUGUCAAGGAUACAGAUGCACAGACAAACUACUUCAAGUUCAAACGCAAAAACUCGACUAACAUCGGAACACUCGUCCCCAAAACUCUUCUAUGAUGGCAGCAAAAUUUAGCGAGCAAGCGUUUUAC